GUUAGAGGCGACCCGUGAGGCUAGAACCCCGAGCGAGGUCGGUUGGAGCAAAUAUGUCUGCCCGGAGGCACAUUGGGAACCCUGAGGUAUGAAAAUAUAAUAGUAGGAAUAGGAAUAGUAAGGAAUUCACUACGUGCUGUCAUUACCUAUGUUUUCAAGGGCAAGCGAUACAGGUUUUAAAGUUUGAUGUUUCCUUCUAAGAACCACCAGGUCGUUGCUGUAAUACAAUCCUCAUUCUAGAUAUUCAUUUAUUAUUGAUUGAAGAUCAAUAAAUGUACGUACUAUGUACUAGGUCCUGGGUGAAGACCAGUUUGAGUAAGGUAUUUCCCUGCCUUCAAGGAAACCCUAGACGAGAGAGGAAAGUCAGGGGGCGCCCCAUGGUACAGGGUGUCCAUAGGCUGGGAACCAGGGAGAAGAAAGUGCCUGAUUCCACCCGGGACAGCUUGGAGAGGAAGUGAAGUUUUCCCCAAGGACAAGUUGAGCAAAGGCAUUCUGGGUAGACCUCUGCUAAGACUGGCGACCUGCAUGAAUGUGGCGCUCUUGGGAACCUGUGAGUGAGUGGCAGAAGAUGAAGCUGGAAAGUAUCUGACCAAAAGGAUCCCACAAAACCCAAAGUAUCAGCAUGUCAAGUCAAGACUGGACACUGGUAACAGUAUGACUAAAUACAUUGAGAAGCUAGAAGAGAUCAAGAAAAAUUAUAGAUACAAAAAAGAUGAGCUUUUCAAGAGACUAAAAGUUACAACUUUUGCCCAGCUGGUCAUCCAAGUUGCUUCCCUGUCUGAUCAAACACUGGAAGUGACAGCUGAGGAGAUUCAGAGGCUAGAAGACAAUGAUUCUGCCACUUCGGACCCUGAUGCUGAAAUCACUGCCAGGACCAAUGGGAAGGGGAGCCCUGGGGAGCAGUCGCCGAGCCCUGUCCAGUUUAUAAACAGCAUGGGAGCAGGGGACUCCAGUCGCUCGACUCUCCAGAGCGUCAUCAGUGGUGUUGGGGAACUGGAUCUAGACAAAGGGCUAGUGAAGAAAGCAGAGCCCAACACCAAAGACAAACCUUAUCCCGACUGCCCCUUCCUGCUGCUAGAUGUGCGAGAUAGAGAUUCUUACCAGCAGUGCCACAUUGUUGGAGCUUACAGUUACCCAAUUGCAACUCUGUCUAGAACAAUGAACCCUUAUUCAAAUGAUAUUCUUGAAUAUAAAAAUGCCCAUGGCAAGAUCAUCAUUCUGUACGACGACGAUGAGAGGCUGGCCAGCCAGGCGGCCACCACCAUGUGUGAGCGGGGGUUUGAAAACCUCUUCAUGCUUUCUGGAGGUCUAAAAGUCUUAGCUCAGAAAUUCCCAGAAGGACUGAUUACGGGUUCCCUGCCAGCAUCUUGCCAGCAAGCCCUUCCUCCUGGUUCUGCCCAGAAACGAUCCAGCCCCAAAGGGCCACCCCCGCCGGCGGAGAAUAAAUGGAGAUUUACCCCAGAAGACCUAAAAAAGAUAGAAUAUUAUCUGGAAGAGGAUCAGGGGCCUGCAGACGAUCCCAGCCGGCUGAGCCAAGCGAAUGCCUCCGGAAGGGACUCCAAGGUUCCAGGCAGCCGCAGCGGUCAGAGCCUGCCCACCGGGGGCCCCACCGGCCACCCGACCCCCCGCUCACUCGUCAGUGGCCACCUGCACGGCAAACCCUGGAAGUAAAGACUUUGUCUGUCUUAGUCGAAUAAAUGUUUUCUCUCUUUUCGGAACCCCUGCGCAGUUCCCCAGUCGGUCACUUCCAGAAACUGCUGCAGAGGAAAGACCACGACAUGUGUGAUAGGCCCCCUUUCCUCUUCCUGUCCCCUGCUCCUCUCCCACACCCAGCUCGGGAAGGAGUUACAAAAACCAGAGGCAUGACAGGCUCCAGGGUCCUCCCUACGGUUUACAAAAUAUUUAAGUCUCUGAAACUGAGUAGGAAAAAAAAGAGUCUAAUUUUUUUUUAGGCAUUAAUGUUUUUAAAUCAGGUCCAGCUUGUUUUGGUCUUUAUCCUGCAUUGUUUUGUCAGUACUUCAGUUCCAUCUGGUGUGUUCUUCCCAACUAGUUCCUUUACACUUACUAGUCUUGGUUUCACGAAGGUUCUCCAGGUAUGCUUUGCAGCCUGAGAAGCUGGCCCUGGGGGUGCAGGUGAUACUUAGCUUUCAGCCUCCCCAGCUCCCCCCCCCUCCACCCCCCGCCCAGGUGUGGGCCCACCGGCCGAAGCACUCUUCCCAACACGCACUGCAGGCUCUGUCGUGAGUUUGGAGCUGGUACCUGUGAGCAUUGCUCAGUUUUAAGAUUCAGUAGAGCAGCCCUCACUUCCCAAACAUUCCUCCCCCAUAGCUGCUUUCCUGGAGCCGGCACAGGUGAUGAUGUGUGCUCAGCUCGCCUUCACACAGGGCACGGGGCCCCUCAAGGAAAGCCCCGUCCAUUGUACAGAGCCGUGUUGAGAGCCAUGGAAGCCCCCCGAGCUGUCGCUCAUUCACAGCUGGUGUGAAUUUCUAUUACCCAGCUCGGGUCUGUCCAUCUGAGAUGGGUAAAAAUGAUGGCCACUUGAAAACAUUAGCUUUGGCCGGGCCACGGUGGGCACACAGGUAAAGACAGCUCCAUGGUCCUUUGUCAGAGCUGACAGCCCCUUAAGCCCUUGCUUAAAAUACAGUAUUAGUCUAAUUGAGUAAUUAAUACAAUUUCCUGCUUACUUUUCAUUCUCAUGACUGAGCUAUGAUUAGGAGGUUGCGAUUGUAGAUUCUGGUUUGGGCCAGAAUUUUGAAUCAGCAUUAAUUGAAUUACUAGAUGACUGACAUUCAUUCCAUUUAAUUGGGGGAACAAAAGACCUCAGGUAAGGAUGAGGAACUCUGAAAUCCUCAGGAAAAGGAAAAGAGCCUUGUUAAUUUUUAUGGUCUGUGAUCUGUAGCUGUGAUAAGGGACUGAGGAAUAAAUUUGCUCUUUGUCAUGGCAACCAGCUUCUGAAAAGCCAGCUGAAAAUUGCCUAUCCUUAGGUGGUUACUGCUGCUGGGUAAGAUUUGUCUUAAUGGCACCAUUUCCUCGCCAUCAGAAAAAAAAAAAAAAAAGUACCACAGUAUUCCUAGCAUGGGGGGCUGUGUUUGUAAAAGAAAUAAUGGCAAUAAAUAUCUCAUAGAGGCAUAUGGAAAAACAACUUUCAGAGAGAUUCAGCCCUGUUCUGUUUUAGAGUGUUUAUUCCUCUCUACUUGAUUUCCAAAGUACAACAUUUUCCGAUGCUUUAGAAAUCAAACAAACCAGCGACAUUGUUCAGAUGUCAAGCCGUGCCCAAUUUUCCACAAGAUUCAAGAAUCUUGUAUAAAAUUCAGCCAACGUACACAUAGCUGUAAUGAGGAGCCUGUCAUGUUUCCCCAUAAAUUUAUUGCCUGAGAACUUAGGUCAGCCUUUUGCUAACGCCAGAACUCCCUGGCGUUUUAUUUUCUUUACAGCGUAGAUUUUUAAAAAUGCAAAGUUUUCCACACUCAACUUUCCCCUAGCGUGGACAAGAUUUUCAGCCAUUUUUUGACACAUAUACAUUUUUAAGGGGGAAAAAAAAAAGUGUUCUCUGUAACAAAGCUCUGGCUACGCUGUUUUAAAGUUGACGAGUCAGGGGUUUAGAUUUCCUCACUUGUUCUAUUUGGAGAGUAAAUGGUGGGCCCCUUUCUUCCUGUUCUGCAUCCUCAUCGCCAGACAACACCCGAGUGUCAGAAACUACUGUAUGUGCGGAAGCAGGUUAGCCAGACCUGUUGGCAUCGCUGUGUGUUCAGCCGGGCGACCUGGCAGGACAGGUGUGUUUAUGUGCCUUCCCCAGGGUGCUCUGCCCUGUUGGGAAGGAUUUUUAACAACUACUCUGCAAAGUUCCAUCCCAAUUCUGCACUUUGGAUGUUCAGUGUCACUCUCAAGACAGUUUUUACAUGCUCAAGGCACUGCCUUGAAUGUUCUACUAGACUUGUUGCUUCAGCAGAUUAACUGACGUGUAUUAUUAAAGGGCCCGGUGACACUUUGUUCAAUUGUGAGUAGUAGCGAUUGAAGUCCGUCGUUGUUGUUUGCUAUUAAUAACAAUGCUGAGCUCUGCCGACUUCUCUCUUCCUCUCUGUUGAGAUGAUUUGGGGGAGCCACGUGAGACGGGGGUGAUUUGAAAGAGUACCUCUUUUGGCUGCAUCUCCCAAGAAGGCUUAUAUUCUUUGUAUAAGUAAACCAGGAAGUCAUUUUGGUGAGGGCCAAGGACCUCAGCUCUGUAGUCAGAGGCCUGGGUUUCUCUUCACGCUCAGGCAGAGACUAAUUGCCAUCUUAGACACAUGGCAGCAGGACUUUCUUGACAGUGUUUCAGGGGGUGAUGAGCUGUCCUUGCCUUGUGACGCCCCAGAUGGAAGGUGAUUUAUCGAUGGACAGCUACAGCUCCCACCUGAGCAGCGGCGAUGGCCAAACUCUAAAUAAUACAUUCAGUGCUGUCAAGGGGUAUGUAUUUAAGAAGGAAAGGAGGGAAGGAAGGGGAGAGGCCAGGAAACAAGAAAAAGGGAGCGAGGGAAAAGCUACAUUACUCGUUGGAAAACAAAAGGAACAUCUUGGGCUAUAAUGAUGUCCACUUUAAUCUACUGAAAGGUAAAAAAUGAUUCAAGUGGCCUGAAAGUCAUUUUAUUUUUUUUACCUUGACUAGAAAACCAGAACCAGCACAAUCAUAGGACUUGGUGUAAAACACAAUUAAAAGAGAACAAAUCAUGUUCGUUAGUGGCUGAGGGAUUUUUCCUGUGGUGCUAUCCAGAUUAUACAAAGCUUCUUAAGACUUUAGGCCACUCACCAAGAACACAGCACAAAACAAAAACCUUCUUCCCUCUAAUCCCCUUGUGGAAUAUAAGUGAAAUCAGAGUCCUAGACUAGGAAGAAAUAUGUAGGUAAUUUUUCUUGUGUUGGUUUUGGUUUCUGUUAUGUAAUACAUUGGUUAUGUUGUUUUUUUUAAUGUUAUCUGACUUUUUUUUAAGAGGAAUAAUUAACUCCUGUCCACCUGGAUUUAAUUCCACAACUGCCUUCUUGCUUUACUCUGAAGAUAAUCAAGAACCCUUCUUUCUCCAGUUUCAAAAUGUUCUCAGUGUCUUUAAUGUACGUUCAUUUUUUUCACAGUUCUGUCAAAGGUGUAACUCCCGUAAUACUUUUCUUAAGAAACAUAAGAAAUGUGGAUUCUAAUUCAUCAGUGUAAUUCUGAGAGCAUGAUGACAUGCUUGUGUGCAGUUCAGUUAAUUUUUUGAUUAACAAAUAUAUUUCCCUAUAAAAAACAGUAAAGAAGACGCUGUGCUGAAGUGUUCGGUAUACAUUUGAGUAGUAAUACUUCCCCACAAUUGUAGUAAUUAUUGAAGCUGUCUAUUGUGGUAUCCUCAAAUUGGUACACAGGUCAAGUGUAGCAUAAAAUGUGUUAACGGUGGAAAUCUGUCCGCCUUGCAUUCUGACAGAACGGGUUUCUGUGCACGAUUUUUUGUGUGUUUGCAAAACUGUAUUUGUCACCCCGCGACCCCCGGGUGAUCUCUCACUCUCCAAUGCUGACCCCCUUCGUUCUGAGGGCAGAAGCAGAUUCUCUUGUCUGGUGUGACAUCCUGAAGGCCCUGGAUACAAUGUGGGGCACACAGAGAUCAUGGAUGGACUACGUUGUUUAAAUUAUUUGAAAUUAUUUUGACUGUAAGCCCCUAGAGGGUGAAAAUCAACGAUAGGACCAUGGCCCUUAAUAGGGUGUGUGACUCAAUGAAUUGAACCUGGCAAAACUGAAGUCUGGGAUGUAAUGCUGGUUGUGGAGGCCACUCAACACUGCCCUGCCAUCCUGGAGAUCCGGAAAGCUCCGUAUCUUUUCUCCCCUUGACUACAUCCUGUUUUUGUAAGAGAGGCAUUCACCACCGAGGUUUUAAAUUCCCCCUGCAGGAGGCUCCCAAUGAGCUGUUAGGGGCGCUCUGGUGGCCCAGGCUGUCUCAGUCUGCCAGGCCUGUUUUUAGGGUUCCUUCAGGCUCAAGGUGGCCUUCAGAAUUUAUCAAAUACAGACUGCACACCAUCCCCAUCUGAGAGUGGGUUAUUUUUCCUCUUUUGUUUCAAAUCUUGAUGAUUUCCAGAUCAUAGACGUUUAUGGAGAGCUGACUGUGCAUUAGGCAGUGUUCCUAGAUUCUUUGUUAUAUGUUUUGACUCAUUUAAGUCUCACCACAGUCCUGCGAGGUAAGCACCCCCAUUCUCAGGUGGGGAGCCUGAGGGUCGAGUGGAGAUGAACAAACUGGCCCUGAGUCACCGAGCUAGAAAGUGGAGAAGACAGGAUCCAGCUUUAGAACCGCGGCUGCAGAGCAAGUUCAUUCAGCCACCCUGCUCCGCGCGUCCCACCCUGGAAAGGCACAGCCAUGCUGUCUCUCCCUUGGCAUGCCGCCAGGUUACCCGCGGAAACAGAACUUUCCCUUGGCUGUCAGCUUCCCUCCUCGUCACCUGAGAUUCCACCGAGAGCUUUCCUCUGCCUGAACGAAAGGUGAUGGAAAUUCAGGGACUGAAACAUCUGCCCCUGACACUAUAUGUAUUUCCACAUUUCCACUGUCUGUGUCUGGGGGCCUGUCUUGAAGACAGGUGUUCCAAGGUUUCUGAGGUUUAUUUUGUUUCUUAGUGAUACCUACUGAGGUAUCACUUCAGGAAUGAGAGCUACAAACGUUCCAUUAGACUGUAGGAAAAAAGUAAGCUGUUUUCCUGAGAGGUUGAAUUAUUCAUUCAAUAAACCGUAUUGAUAUGA